AUGUCAGCAGCGACCAACAACCACGGCCUCGCAGCCGCCAACCGGCCCUUCCCUUUGCACCCGUUCAACAAGAACCCCAUGCGCACGCGCGACGACGUCGUCGCAGCGUGCGCGUCCCUACUCGACCCGCUCGAGGCCGGCACGUCGCCGGGCGGCGCGCUCGUGCGCGUCGGCGGGACGGGCACGCGGUUCGACGAGACGGCGGCGCAGGGCGAAGGGUACGCGCGCCCGCUGUGGGGGCUGGCGCCGCUGCUGGCGGGCGGCAGCGAGUACGCCGGCACCGAGCGCUGGGUGCGCGGGCUCGUCAACGGGACGGACCCGGAGCACGAGGAGUUCUGGGGCUACAUGGAGGACCUGGACCAGCGCAUGGUCGAGGCCUGUCCGAUAGGCUUCACGCUGGCCAUUGCCGGCAAGCACUUCUGGGACCCGUUGACUGAGAGGCAGAAGAAGAAUGUUGAGGCGUAUCUGGGGAGCAUGAACGAUAAGGAGAUGCCCAAUACGAACUGGCUCUGGUUCCGCGUCUUCGCCAACCUCGGCCUCGCCAAAGUCGGCGCCGCCUACUCCUCCUCGCGCCUCGAAUCCGACAUCAAGCACCUAAACACCUUCUACCGCGGCUCCGGCUGGUCCAACGACGGGCCGGCCGGGUACACGCAGAUGGACUACUACUCGGGGUCCUUCGCGAUCCAGUACCUGCAGCUGCUCUACGCGCAGCUCGUCGACGACUGGGACAACCGGGACCCCGAGCGAGCGGCCGAGUUCCGAUCACGAGCGCAGCAGUACGCGCUGGAUUUCGCGUACUACUUCGACGAGCGCGGGAGGGCGCUGACGUUCGGGCGCAGCCUGACGUACCGCUUCGCCAUGGCGGGCUUCUGGGGCGCCGUGGCCUUCAGCUCGACCGAGCUGCCCGCGCCGCUGUCGUGGGGCGUCGUCAAGGGCAUGCUGCUGCGCAACCUGCGCUGGUGGGCGCAGCAGCCCGACAUCUUCCAGCCGAACGGCAUGCUGAAUAUCGGCUACACCUACCCAAACACCUACCUGGCCGAGAACUACAACUCCCCCGGCUCACCCUACUGGUGCAUGCUCUCCUUCGCGCCCCUCGCCCUCCCCGCCACACACCCCUUCUGGGCGUCCCCGGAAGAACCGCACCCAUGGCACUCCCUCCCCCCCAUCCGCCAGCUCUCGGUGCCGCUCCAAAUCGUCAGCAACCGCGGCGGCCACGCGCUGGCCCUCAGCAGCGGGCAGUGCUGCCACUACCCUCUCAAGAACCCGCAGGCCAAAUACGGCCGCUUCGCUUACAGCGCCGCCUUUGCGUACUCCGUCUCGACCGGCGCCUACACGCUCGAGCAGUGGGUGCCCGAGUCGGCGCUCGCGCUGUCUGACGACGGCGGCGAGCUGUGGCGCAUGCGACGCGCCGUCGAUGAGGCCGGGUUCGAGGAGGAUCAUGGGGAUGGGGUGCCGUGCUUGACGUCUGUGAUGCGGCCGUGGAAGGACGUCGAGGUGCGCACUUGGCUGCUGCCGCCGGCCGAGGCGACGCCGUACUGGCACCUGCGCGUGCACCGCGUCCAGACGGGGCGAGAGUUGUUGGAGGCCGAGGGCGCGUGGGCGGUGUAUGGCGUCAACUUGCGUGAUGGUAGGCCGCUGGGCGCGUACGAUGCCGCCGCGCACGAGGGCCACGUCUGCGACGCUGACAGUGUGCUCGUCGUGUCGCCUAAAUCGGGUGCGGUGGGCAUGGUCGACUUGCUGCCGCGGGAGAAGACGGGCCGGAGGGGUGCGGUCCUGGACGCGGAUGCGAAUUCGAAUCUUGUGGAGCCGCGGACGGUGCUGCCGAUCCUGCGCAGCGAGCUGAAGGCCGGGGAGACGCGGUGGUAUGCCACUGCCGUGUUCGCCAUUCCGGAGAGCGUGCCCGAGUGGAAGGAGAUAUACCAGCAGCACUGGCAGAAGAGGCCGUCGCUUCCGGGCUGGUUGUCUGAGAAGAUCAAUGCGUGA